CCAAAAACAGAAGCCCAGCCCAACAAAAAAUCAACCCUGCACAUAACAAUUAGGGAAGAAUUGGAGAAGCUUUUUGGCAAGAAAGAGGCCCAGACUAAUCAACAUGGAAAUAUGGCAAUCAAUAAGCACUUAGAGAUGGAGACACGAAUCGUUAAGCAUGGCUCAGGUCAGUUGUGGAGCUACAGGGAAAAACAAAAAAUGAAGAGAGUCAUUACUGCAGCUGGUAGAACCAUGAUUCAACUCAUGGAGAAUGGGGAGGAAUAUUACGUCGAACUAGCUUAGGAGAAGCAAGACAUGGAUGAGGAGCUUGCUGCUGUGUCAGAGCAGAGGAAUGACAAUCAAUGUGUGUUGGAGCUGGCUUUUGAUAUGGGGUUAGAUCUGAACUCAAAGAAAAAGGGACAUAUGUAGACAAGGCGGAGGAUGACAAACAGCUAAGAAUGGAGAAACCAGUGACAGUUGUUCCCAUGGUUUCCUCAGAAGAAACUGCAGAUCACAAUGUUCCUUAUGCUAUACCACUGCAGAGAGCAAGUCCUCAUAGUGAUAUUACAGAAUCACAAGGGAUUCAUGGAGCUGAAACCUCUUCGUCCAAGCAAAAGGAAGAAACAAGUAUUCCUUCUGCUGUGGCUCAAAACAAAGUGAAGGAUUCUGAUGUUACUGCUUCUGCAUUGCAAUCAGAUCGACAACGAAGCACACACAUUGCAGCAUCAGUUGAAAAACUUGUGCAGAGCCCUGAUACACCUUUCCGUGAAAAACGUCAUCCAUCACAAUCUGGUCAUGACAGUCCCUCAAUAAUACGUGAAAGGGUAUCAAAAGAUGGGUAUAACUGGCGAAAAUAUGGCCAGAAAAAUGUUAAAGGGAAUGAAUUUAUAAGGAGCUAUUACAAGUGUACGCAUCCGAACUGCCAGGCAAAGAAACAGCUAGAGCAGUCAAACGAUGGCCAGAUCACAGAUUCCAUUUGCAUUGGUCAGCAUAAUCAUCCUAGGCCUCAAUCCAACAUCACAAAGCCUGUUGGUCCUGUUCUUCCUGUUCUUGAAGAAGGACUAGACAAGCCCCGUGUUGCCAAUGUAGAAGUUGAAGACAAAUCAUUGAAUGAGCAUGCAAGUGUACCUCAACAGAUGAAGUUUUCACACUCGCUUCAGAUUACAAAUGUUCCUGCAGCUGAUCUGAUGAAAGCUGCACAUUCACAACUGACCACAGCAAAUGACGAGGUUCACAACAAUGACUAUCCUGACUCAAAACGGCAGAGGAUAGACGAUAGUAAUAUUGAAGUCAGUGUAGCUGACAAGUCAACUUGUGCGUCUCGUGUUGUCGUUCAAACUUCAAGUGAGGUUGAUUUUGUAAAUGAUGGGUACCGUUGGCGCAAAUAUGGUCAGAAACUAGUUAAAGGAAAUGCAAAUCCCAGAAGUUAUUAUCGAUGCUCUAGUCCCGGAUGCCCUGUCAAAAAGCAUGUGGAAAGGGCCUCUCAUGAUUCAAAAGUUGUAAUAACUACCUAUGAGGGACAACAUGAUCAUGAAAUCCCGCCUGGAAGGACUGUCACUCAUAAUGCAGCUACAAAUGCUCAAACAACAACCAUUAAUGGCAAGCCAGGAACCAAUUCUGUAUCAAAUCCUGUUUCUACAGAUACAAGAGGAAGCAGAUCAAAUGAGAAAGUAAAUGGCAACUCAAUUACUAAAUCAGAGGCUGGUAAGAGUCCUGAAAGUAAAUUAAAUGGGCAACAACAACAAAAAAAUGAAAAUGCAGUUGCCAAACAGGAUUAUGUUGGUGCUAACAUCACAUGCCAAUCAAAUUCUGAAGAUCCAUGUCGAUCAAAAUCAAACGAACAGCCGAAAGAUGACGUAGAAACUAAAUCAGAAGGAAAGAACGGAUCCCCUAAUGUGGUUGUUGUUCAUGAUACUCCUGGUCAAGAAGGUCAACUCAAGAAGCAAUCAGCAUCUGAUGCAGAAGCUGUCUAGAGCUAAAUUUGCAGUGUUAUUUUUGCAGCUAGUGACUGAAGCGAGUAGGCAAUGACAUAGGUUACACACAAAUAUUUAUGGGAAUAUGUUUCCUAUUUCUACUCUAACUUCUCCUUUCAUAUUUGGGUAUUUGCAGACUGACUAAAUAUGCAAAUAAUGAUUCUUACCGGAUUAGAUAUCAAUUAUCAUCACUUGUAUACUAUUUUGUUAGUAAAAUAAGGAAACUGUACAUUUUCAUAUACAUGUAUAAAACGUUCUAUGCUUGUAAUAUACUCCUCAGAAGUAAUUCUUGUUUUGUGCUUUCUUAUUGCCCUUUCUUUCUUAAUGUAAGUAGUGGUUUGUACAA